AUGAUGAACACCCAGGAAGAGACAACAGAGGAGGAAGGCAAAACUUUGUGUAGCUCGAAUGAAGAGAAAUCUGCGAAAGGCGCAAAGAAAAGAAAGCUGCAAGAAAUAGGAUCGAGUGAAAUCACCGGGGAAGAAGAACCAACGGGGGGAGAAGACCCACUGUGUGUUGACGCAGGAACGAAUAAUGAGUCAAAUUAUAAGUUGAAGAAAAACAAAAAAAGGAAAAUUUUAAACCUCUUUAACAAUAUUUUCAGCUGGGUUGUCAGUAAAAAUGUGAAAAUCCCAUCGAAGGAAAUUGAAACGAAAGAACAAGUACACUUUUUCAAUUUUAACAACAUUUUGUCGAAGCAUUUCGGUUCAAAGGUUCUUUUCGUAACAGACGAAUCGAUCAGCAAAUCGGAAAACAUAAUGAUUGAAGACAAAGUCGGAUGGGUGACUAGAAGAAGGAGGGACGUAGGACACGAGUGGCUAAUACUGAAGUUAAAGUACCCAAGUGUUAUAUACGGAAUAGAAAUAAAUUUCGAAAAUAUGGAAGAAGAUAUAUGCCCCCAUUUGUCAAUAGAAGUGGUGGAAAAUUCUUGUAUUGAUGAUAUUGUAAAGGAGGAAGAAUAUAUAAUAAACGAAACGGAAGAAAAAGAAGGAACAGAACAAAGGGAACAUAAAAUUGCAAAAAGAAAAAGCUACAAUUUUUUAGAAUCCUACAAAAUUGAUAAAUCCAUAUCAGACAUUUUGGAAAAUCAAAAUACCCCCUGGGUUGAAUUACUCCAAGCGGAUUGUGUAGACUUCCUCAAAUCUUUCCAUAAAAAAAAAAUUUACUAUUUUAAAGUUAACGAUCUGUCUUUGAUAAAACCGUGGACACAUAUACGCAUUAAUUUAUAUCCAGAUGGAGGCAUAAAUAAGGUAAAAUUUUACGGGGAAUUUGUCACGCUAUUUAAGAAGCAUACCAUUUUAUCUAAGCAAAAAAUUUUCCUAAAUAAACCAGAAAAUGGAUGCACUUUGAUAUACUACCAUUGUGAUGAUAUAUACAAAGGGCAUCCAAAAAAUAUGAUCGACUCGUAUAAAACUGACGGCUUUUCAACAAAGAGGUUGUCCAAUAGACCACCAAUUAUUCUACGAACACUUACUUACAACUCAAUUAAAAACGUCUCCAUUUUUAAAUUCGGCGUUCGAGGCGUCAUCGAAAAUUUUACCUUCGAUAUUGGCAACUACAAAUAUGACCAUCCGGAAUAUAUCCAAAUAUAUCUGUUGGACUGUGUGGAUAUGCUCACUUUGGACUUACUCGAACAGAAACGUAUUUUUGAGGAAGACGAAAAAAUGGAAAAGAAAAAAAUAGACUGGCUGCAACUGCCUCCAUGUAAACUAACCAACGACCACAAAAAAACUUUUUAUAAUUUUAAUUUGCUCGAGUAUAAUUUCACCGUCAUGGAGAGGACAGCCACUCAUUUUAAAAUUUCGCUCCAUCCGGAUGGGGGCAUAUCCCAGGUCAACGUCAUCGGUACGGUUUUGUCCACUCCGUCAUGA